AUGCUGGAUUCAGAGUUCCGUAGCCUAUCCUCUCCGAAUAAAAGAACGAAUUUUGUUGGUAUUUCUCCAUUGAAAGAACUAACAAAUAUAAAAACCCCUACAGAUAGACCCUUUAGGGUAUCGAUAGAAGGGAAUAUAGGGGCAGGAAAGUCGACAUUAAUUGAGUAUUUCAAGAAUAUGGAGGGAAUUGAGACGCAUCCAGAACCGAUUGCUUGGUGGCGUAAUCUCGAGGGCCACAACUUACUGGAGCUUCUCUACUCAGAUAUACACGAAUGGCUGAAAGUUUUCCAGAGUUACGCGUACAGUUUACCAGGUUACAACGCAAACAGCCCCUCCGAAGAAGACAGCUCUGUGAGGGUGCAGAUGUACGAAAGAUCGAUACAGAACAAUAGAUUUUGUUUUAUGGAACAGGCCUACACUAAUGGUUACCUUCAUUCGGCCGAUUAUGAAGUCCUGGAUGCUUGGUAUAAGUGGAUUAGAGCUAACGUGGAUAUUAGUUUAGAUUUGAUUGGUAAGUUUCAUAUACAGGGUGGCCCAUUAAU